CUGAUGAGCACUGUAUAGCCAAAAGCAUCAGAGUAUUAGUAGUUCCUUCUCAGCUCAACAUCUGAAACAGGAAAACAUCUUGAAGACUCCAGUGUAGCAUGAUGUCUGGGAAGAAUGUCAAGGGAGAGAAAAAAAUCCCAUCUCCCAUGGUGAAUAACAAAGCACAGAAAGCAGAACGCACCUUGUGCAGUCAAUAUGAGGAGAAGGUUCGUCCCUGUAUUGAUCUCAUUGACUCCCUGAGAGCCCUCGGAGUAGAAAAGGACCUGGCUUUGCCAGCAAUUGCAGUGAUUGGAGACCAGAGUUCUGGAAAAAGCUCGGUUCUAGAAGCCCUGUCUGGAGUCGCUCUUCCUAGAGGCAGUGGUAUUGUUACCAGAUGUCCUUUAGAGCUCAAGCUGAAAAGAGUGCAUUACGCACAGGAAUGGAAAGGAAAAAUUACUUACUUGGAGAUAAAGCAAGAACUGAAUGGUCCUUCAGAAGUGGAAAAAGAAAUAAGGAAAGCCCAGGAUGCAAUGGCUGGUGAAGGAGUGGGCAUUAGCCAAGAAUUAAUUUCCCUAGAAAUUAGCUCCCCAAAUGUUCCAGAUCUGACACUGAUUGAUCUGCCAGGGAUUGCUAGGGUGGCUGUGGGGAAUCAGCCAAAAGACAUUGGAAAUCAGAUCAUAAAUCUAAUUAAAAAGUAUAUUUGUAAGCAACAAACUAUAAAUCUAGUAGUGGUACCAAGUAAUGUGGAUAUUGCAACUACAGAGGCCCUAAAAAUGGCUAAGGAGGUGGAUCCUAAGGGGGAGAGAACUCUAGGGAUUCUCACAAAACCUGAUUUGGUUGACAAGGGAACUGAGAGCAACGUAGUCGACGUCAUCCGAAAUCUCAGCAUCCCCCUGAGGAAGGGCUACAUGAUUGUUAAAUGUCGUGGGCAGCAGGACAUCCAUGACAACUUGACUCUGGCCUCUGCAAUUCAGAAAGAGAGAGAAUUCUUUGAGGAGCAUGAAUAUUUUAGUAUUCUUUUGGAAGAAAGAAAAGCCACUAUCCCACUUUUGGCAGAGAAACUUACGCAGGAACUGAUAGAGCACAUUAAUAAAUCACUUCCAGCUUUAGAAAAUCAGAUAAAGGACAAACUCCAGGUGGCAAACAACAAGCUACAAAAAUAUGGCCAAGGUGUGCCAGAAUCAGUAGAAGAGCAGAUGCUCUUCCUAGUAGAUAAACUCAAACUCUUUAACCAGGACAUCAUGAAUUCAGUGCAAGGAGAAGAAAUUGUAACUGAUCAAACAAAACAAAGACUAUUCACAAAAGUUCGCAAGUUCUUUAAUGAAUGGGAAGCCCAUGUUAAUAACAGUACACUGAAAGUAAAAGAAAUUAUGAAAGAAGAAGUGUGGGGCUUUGAAAAUCACUAUCGUGGAAGAGAGCUCCCAGGAUUUGUCAAUUACAAGACAUUCGAGGCCAUUGUGAAACAACAAAUUGUGCUACUGAAAUCACCAGCUAUCAUGAUACUGAAGACAGUGACUGAGCUUGUACGAGAAACUUUUACUGAAAUUGCCAUGCAACACUUUCAGAACUUUUUCUAUCUUUUCAGAGAAGCUAAGACUAGAAUUGAAGACAUAAAACAAAAACAAGAGGUGGAAGCUGAAACUGUAAUUGCCAAUCAGUUCAAAAUGGAACGCAUCGUUUACUGUCAGGACAGUCUUUACAGUGAGGAUUUACAGGAAAUUAGAAAAACUUCUGGAGUCCUCCCUCUUGGUGUUGCUGUUACUCAUGUUAAGUCUGUUGCAUCUCAGAAACAGUAUUCCGUUGAUGAAAUGGCUUAUCACUUGAAUGCCUAUUUCAAGGGUGCAGGCAAUCGUCUCUCCACUCAAAUUCCUUUGAUUAUUCAGUCCUACGUCCUCCAGGACUACACUGAAAAGUUACAGAAUGCAAUGUUGCAACUUUUGCAAGAUAAAGAUCGGUUCAGCAUUCUUCUUCUUGAGAAGAAAGAUGCUGCCACUGAAAGGAAAAACUUGAAAGAGAGAAUUAAACGUCUGACACAAGCUCGACAACGCUUAGCAAAGUUCCCAGGUUAAAGCAGAUGUGCUAAGCAACAGCACUUUUCUUAUGUGUGAGUUAGUUAACUGAGACCUAAAUAUUCAGUAGGAAGUGUUGGGUACUCAGGACUUUUGAAAAUCAGGCCACUUAUUACAUGUCUAAAUAUGGGUUUUGGUGCCUAACUUUAGGCUCCUGUUUUUGAAAAUCCUGUUUUGUGACCCAUUCACCUCUAAUUGGGAAUAGCCUGCAUAGGGUAGGAGGGGUACCUUUCAGAUUUCAGUGUGAGGAGUUCCUUGUGGAUUCUCCUGUCUUCAGGGGAGAGUUCCCUUGUAACACUGGCCAUCCUGGAUCCCUGACCCAGUUCUUACAACUGGGGCAAGGAAAUAAAGUCUCGAUUUCCUGCCAGAACUCCUCUGUGCCAGACCCGUAUUACGUUCCCAUCCCACAAUAUUUGAGACACCCAUGCAGAGGCACCUUCCAGCUGCACUGCUGCCCAGCUCCCAUGAUCUCCUGAUAGCCUGUCUCCUCACAUGUCUGCUGCCUCUAGUCUAGAACCCCUCUUCAACGGGAUUUUUCCAGUAAUGGAGAGGGACAACAGCCUAAUUUACUGCAGUAGUUAGUUUUGCUUAAGCCCUGUACAUUUCUGAAGGGAGGAAGAGGAUUCCGCAGAGCUGACCUACUCCACUAGCAGCCGUCUCCAAAUACACAGAACUGGGAGCACAUGGAACUCCUGUUGUGGGCCUUAAUACAAAACUCUCCCUCCUGAGGAGAAAGGGUUUCCUUACCAUGCUGGGAGAGAGGCCCUUCUCCCACCUUUCUAUAAGGGAGGGGACUACCAAUAGGGGAGUUUAGGUUUGUGGUUAGUGCUUUUGCCUCCUUGUGAUGCUUCCAGCUAGUGCUUUUGCCAAGGUUUAUAACAUAUGCUGCUUUAAAUAAUGCUUUGAUAAUGAUGUGAUAUGUUAUUUCAAGCAUAUUCCUAUAUAUUGCAUAUUGUCCUCUGGAAUUUGAGCUGAGUGACAUAUGUGAUUGUAGGUUGGUACUGUGUGUGUAUUUUUGCUCUGGGGACUCAGUGGAGACUCCCAUUCAGUGAAGAAUUAUUCUGAGUUGGUAAAUAAAUAGU